AUGACGUCUAUAAGGGGGGACCAGCUGGAGAAGGGGCUUACGCAUGACGAGCUGUGGAACGCGGCGCAGUGGGAGAUGGUGCACCACGGGAAGAUGCACGGCUUCAUGCGCAUGUACUGGGCCAAGAAGAUUCUCGAGUGGACUGAGUCGCCACAGCAGGCGCUGGAGGUGUCCAUAUACUUGAAUGACAAGUGA